AUGAUCUUCUCCGCUUCAGCACCAUCUCUAUCUUUACUCGUGGUCCUAUGUUUCCUAUUGGUAUUGAUGACAGAGCAAGCGCACGGUUUCACACAAACGUCAUCGUCAUCGUCGUCAACACAUGACCGAAGUAGCUGCACUCAGGAUUCUCAUUAUCUUCCUGCAACACGAACAAUAACGACUCCAGCACGCCUUAGUUGUCGCAUCAGCAUUUCUCUGUCUGUAACCUCGAAAGAAGAAGAACAACAAGAAGAUUCGUCUGCCACAAUCUUAUCGGCCAAAGCCAAGGCUUUGCAAGAAAAAGCUGAGCAAUUGCGUGCCGAGAUUGCCGCCUUGCAAGAUUCCAAGGAUCAAGUCCAAGAAACCCAACGACAAGAAUUACAAUUACAACUAGACCAACAGGAAGCGUAUAUGCAACAUUAUUCGGGUGAAAUUCCCAUUUUGAAACCAGAUGGGGCCAUCGUCAUGGAACAAGUUCAAUUUCCGCCCUUGGUUAGUUUUGUUCCGAAAGAAGAGGAAAACGAAGAAUCCAACACGAAUGAAAAUGGACAACAGUCAUUUCCCAGCGAAAUUUUGGUAUGCGAAGCUCCCUUGCCAUUGGGAAUGAUUCUGGGACAAGAACGAGCGGAACGAAAUGCCAUGAUUGUGGUCGAUGAAGUGUUGGAAGAUUCCAACGCAGCUGUCGUGGCGGGAAUCCAAGAAGGCGACAUUCUACGGGCCUGUACCAGCUGCAAGAUGGAAAUGGAACAACCGACCUGGCAGCUAUUAGUGGGUGGAAUUGGACGACCCAAGACGGUACGCUUCAUGUUUGGUACCGACGAUCAACCAUUGGAGACCGUCUUGGAAGCCUUGGGGGCCAAUCGGAUGGACCCAGAGGCGCGACCAGUGGUACUGGUGGUGGAACGGCCCAACAAGGCGAGUGAACAAUAG